AUGGCUCUGAAAGAGACGAAAUCGAAUGAAGAGCCAUUGACAGGUGCAAAACAGGUGGAUAUUGGGGAAGGUGAAGCCGAGACCCUAGGACACGCGCCAGUGCGCGUGACAGACACGUCAUCAACAAGGACUUUGGCACCAACAAUACUUGGAUACAGUCAGCGCAUUCAGCGCAGCUCCGGAAUGACCAGAUCAAAGGCCAGCGCCGCGUCCUCUCGGGAACCGAGCGAAGCUGCAGAUCUCAACUUCCCAUCUUCCCAAGUCUCGGUCGAGGAAGUAUCCAUCGUCAGCUCUUUCGACGUGGGUUAUGAUAGCGAUGCAAAUCCUAAUACUCUCAAGCGCUCACUUGAGGACUGUUUAGACAACAUUCAAACUACGGGCACCUUUGCUACGUCUGGGCUGUUGCCAGAUGCUACAUCACCAGGCUUAAAAAUUCACAAUGUAGGCUCGGUUGGAGCCCCCCUUGCAGAAACCCAAGCGAAAGCCAUUGAAAAUGUAUGCCACCAAGCACCAUUUGGGCAAGCUGAAUGUCGGAGCGCGGCAGAACGAGGGAGGUCCGAAACUGAUACGUCAGCAAGCCCUGUGCAGUGUCUCAUGAACGCAGGCGACCCAACCAUUUUGCUCGUCCAGCUUGACAGACGAGAUCUUGAUGUCGAGGUACUGAAGGUGAUCCGAAAGUGGGAGGCUGAAGCUGGAACGCUUCAUAUUGUCGCCUUCGAAACCUUCUUCCUUCCUCAUCUCGGGGCUCUGACCGCAACUGGACCGUGGACCUCAGAACGGGUGACUCGAUAUGGGAAGCUCUUCCGUACAGCGCUCACAAUGUGCGCAAUGCGCUUCGUGCAGAUCGAACCACAGGCCGGUAAUUGGACAAGGAGCCCUCGAGGCUGCGGUUGCUCGCUUUGUUGUCAACUUGAUGACUUCUUGGUCGACGUUUCGCAGCAGUCCAUGAGGUUUCCAGUCAGCCGCGGCAGAAGGCAACAUCUGCAUCAGAGAUUAGCAUGCACAGAAAUCAAGCAUGUGACCGAUCGACGGGGCGUAGAAACUCUCGUGGUGACAAAGCCCAGCACACCUUCGCUGGCGAAAGCAUGA